AUGUCUGUCCUGAGCAAGAAAUACCGACUGCGAUUCAAACGCGUGAUUGAUUUAUCGUCAGAGUUUUCAGAAUUUGAUUCUUUAUCAAAGUUCAAUUCUGAAAUUCUUAAGAUUCAUAAAAUAUUUCUGAAACCAUCAGUUAAAUUCUACAUUGAUUGCUUUACAGUUAACUGCUGCUUUCUGAUGAGACCAAUGAUACUCAAUGAUUUUAUACUUAUGCAAGAUGGCAGUCAACAACAGAUGGAAUUUUGGAAAGAUACAAAAGUUGUUGUGGCACUUGGCUUUCUAUUCGUUGCAGUACUUUUGACAUUGAUUAUAAUCCUGGUCAAAAAAGUACAAACAUCUUAUCCACUUAAUCUUAUUCUUAUGUCUGUAACAAUUCUUCUAUACACUGAAGUUGUUGCAACAUUAUGUGCCUAUAUUCCAAUCAAGUAUCUACCAGUUGUCUUUGUUGUGGCAACCGCGAUUGCAGCAGUAGCAUUAAUUCUCGGAGUCAGGACAAGGGCAGUGAAAAAAGUGGCUUUGAUCAUAAUGGCGUCAGUAUCUUUGGUAAUUAUAGUUGUUGGAAUAUGCGUCUUAUUUAUUCCUCUUAUACCUAAUCUGGUCAGAUUAGCGAUGGGCGUAAUUAUUACUGUGGCAAUAGCGACUAUAACAUUCGUCACAGUACAAGUAUUUCGAUUUCACUGGAAUCCUACAAGUCUACUGCAGGCGUUCAUAAUUGGUGUUGAAACGUUGUAUCUUUGUGCAGCAGUUGCUUAUUGUGGCAUAGAAAUUCUAGAAAUCUUUCUACCAGCAAAAAAAACAGGAGAAACUGCAGGCAGGAUUAUGCAGGCUAAUGGAUGAUGAUGGGGCGGCGAUUAUGCUCUUUCGUCAAAAGUUUGUAAAAGUAAACACUUAUCAGUAUGAUUAUUAUUAAUUCAAUGUUACUUAAAGAAACGUCAGUAUUGUUAAUAACAAUAAUUCUUUAGUUAUUAUACAUGUAAAGAACUGUAGAAAAUGAUGUGGA